AUGUGGGCCAAAAUGGACACCCCUACAAUUGUGUACGAUUUGGAUACAUCGGGGGGCUUAAUGGAGCAAAUCCAGACGCUCCUGGCGCCCCCGAAGUCCGAGGACGUGGAGAAGAGAAGCAGGAAACUGGUUCGGGACGUCCGGAGAAGUGGAAGAGCCACCAACCACGACACUUGUGACAGCUGCAGAGAGGGAGGCGACCUGCUCUGCUGCGACCACUGCCCCGCCGCCUUCCACCUCCAAUGCUGUAACCCUCCUCUUAGUGAAGAGAUGCUGCCUCCUGGGGAGUGGAUGUGCCACCGCUGCAACGUUAGGAAAAAGAAGCGAGAGCAGAAGUUGGAGCAGACGAACGGUUUGCCGGAGCGUGGCCUGAAGCGUUCUGUAUCUCCGGCCGUGGAGCUGGAGCUGACGCCGGGGCCCCUCAGACUGGACGGUUUACCUCCAGGAGCCGGAGCCGCGGGGCCUGGGCUCCGAGUCGCACAGGUCCGACUCCUGGACCGAAGGAGCAGCUCCAGGCCCAGCAGUCGUCCUGGGACCCCCACCUCCAACACCUCCUCCACCCCUACCCCCUCAGAGGAGCAGAACGAGGGGGAGGAGGAGAGCGUGGAGCCGGAGGAGGAGACCAGCGCUCCGGAGCUGGAGGGAGCCGCUCUCUCUGCUCCGCGCCUCAAGAGGCCGUUCCAACUUCUCAUCGCCGCCGCGCUGGAGAGAAACCCCACACAGUUCCAGCUGCCCAGCGAGCUCACCUGCACCACAGCGCUUCCAGGCAGCAGUAAGCGGCGGAGGAAAGAGGAGCUGCUGGGGAAACCGUUCAGGAGGCCUCAGCACGAACUGGACACGAACGGUCUGGUGCCUCUCCCUGUGAAGGUCUGCUACUGCUGCAACAGGAGCUGCAGACUCGCGCCUCUGGUCCAGUGUGACUACUGUCCUCUGCUCUUCCACAUGGACUGUCUGGACCCUCCGCUCACCGCACUGCCUGCUGGGAAAUGGAUGUGCCCCAACCACGUGGAGCACAUGGUGCUGAACCAGCGCAGCCUGAGCCUCUCGCGGCGGUGCCAGCUCUUCGAUCAGUUCCAGGACAGAAUGUCUCAACACGCAGUGAAGCUGGACUUUCUGAGGAGAGUCCACCGACCAAACGGCCCCAACCGCAGAUCCUCGCACCAGCACAAGAGGACCAUCAAGGUCCCAGAUGCCAUCAAGUGUCAGUACCGCAGUCCCCCUGUGCUGCAGCCGCCUGUGGGAGUGCGGCAGCUGGAGCUGAUCUGUGGAGGAGACCUGCAGCCGAAACACAUGACGUCUGACAGCGAACAGGAAGAGUGGCUUCAAGACGUCAUCUCGCUGCAGUGCAGCAUCAUGCGACACCUCUCUCUCAAGCAGAGACCUCCCUCAGCGGAGUCCGACUGGAACCAGGUCAAAACCAGCACAAACCAGAGUCCAGACCUGGACCAGGAUCAGGACCAUAAACCGGCCGCAGAAAGGACUAUCCCCUCCCCGGCCCUGUGCCAAAAGCAGCAGCAGCCGCCAGAGCAGGGCCUCUGUAAAUGCCUUUCCAAACCCUGUCAGAACUGUAGGAAGCCCAACGGCCCCGUAGGGGUCCAGGACGGGCCCCCAGCCAAGGCCAACGGGCCCCUGGAGUGUCGGAAGCCGGGCGAGCUGAGGCUGACUGUCUCCGUGCUGCCAAACCACGUUGGGGAAGUGAAGAAGGAGCCUGAGAGCUGUCCGUCCGCCCCAACGAUACGAAACCAGACCAGCACCACAGACGCACUUUCAAAAGGCGAGGAGAAACGGAAUCUCCCCACGUCUUCACCCACUCCAGGUACAGACCACACCCACCUCUUCACCCACUCCAGGUACAGACCACACCCACCUCUUCACCCACUCCAGGUACAGACCACACCCACCUCUUCACCCACUCCAGAUGUUAAGUCUGGCUCAGGACUCAUCGGCAGCUCUCUCUCCACGGAUCACCUCUCGGCUCUCAGAGAAAACCUGGACACGGAAGGAGGUAUCGAGUUGGACAAACUGGACGCAGAGAUGAUAAAGAUCUUGGCCUGGCAGAGGAUACAGCAGCUGUUCCCCAAGAAGGAGCCCAGCCUUCCCACUCCCCGAGCCGCCUCCCUCACCGCCAAACCUCCUCCUCCCAACGACAGUCCGAAAAGUGUCCAGGCCAGAGCAGUGUUCUACCCGCUCACAGGGAAAGGGCCAGCGGUCAACAUGUGCUACAGGACGCUCUACAUAGGAACAGGUGCUGAUAUGGACGUGUGCCUUACCACCUACGGUCACUGUAACUACGUGUCGGGGAAACACGCCUGUAUUUUCUAUGACGAGAACACGAAACAUUACGAGCUCCUGAACUACAGCGAACACGGCACCACGGUCGACAACGUACUCUACUCCUGCGACUUCUCUGAAAAGGUCUCGCCGUCGCCGCCCAGUGGACUGGUGGCCAAAGUGCAGGGCAUCAUCCGUCGCAGUAAGAAGCAGGAGGACACGGCGCCCCUCUCUCUGCUACCUGCAGGGGGAGUCAUGAGCAGCCGGUCCCAGGGCCCGUCCGCAGGGGGCGUCUGCGGCUGCAAAUCCAGCAGCUCUUCCCUGAUCGGGGGAGGCGGGGCGGGGUGGGAGGGCACGGCUCUGCUCCACCACGGCAGCUGCGUCAAACUGGGCUGCCUCCAGUUCGUCUUCAGCGUCACAGAGUUCGCCAAGUCGCCCAAGGAGGAGGAGCAACAACACCGCCUCUCCACCACCCCCAACCUGAACGUCCAGGCCCUCGGCUCGCUGGCGCCCCCUGUGGCCCUCAGCAGUCCCUCCAGUCAGGACGAGAUGGAGGCGGAGGGAAGCGAACUGGUACAGGAAGUCCCGCCCUCCUCCUCCUUGUAA